GAAUCAGCUCAGUACACCUUAGCUAGCGGAAAGCGUGAACAACGCCGCAUCAAGGCAAACCAACUCCAAACUACAUCGCGGUGGUCUACCGUUGGUGAAGCCCAGCUCAUAGACCGAAACACCGAAAGCUUGUUUCAUUGUAGCUUCUAAAUCAAAUCGGAUAGGACGCUAAACGCAUUCACACUGAGUCAUUCAGUUGAAAAAUUUCGCGGGUGCGGGGGUUUUCGGAUUUUUUUUUUGUCACAGGUCAGAACGUCUACUGUUUCUCUGUUAAUUUUCAUCUCUCUAUCUUUAGACGAUGUGACAGUGCUUUGAAGGUUCCGGAUAGGUGUGUGUAAAUUGCGUGUGACAAACAAAUAACAAAAACUAGAUAUGCUAAAAUCGCGCAGCGGGCUCGUGUUCAUUCCAAUGCCAGCACUAUUGCGGGUUCAGUUUGUGAAGAGCCAUCCUCGAAGUGGGUUCGAUUGGUGCGAUUAGUGACGUGUAAAUAUUUAGUACGUGUGUUGCGUGGUGCAUUGGUGGGUUAGGAAUGAGGAAAUCAGAUGCACUGAUAAUAUUGUCUGUGGUAGUUGCGGUUUUUGUGCUCGUAGGUAGUGCAAACUUUGUGGCCUACGAUGAGGAUUUGACUACGAUUGGGGAUCCAGACGAGGAGUAUUUGCAAGAUGAGGAUCAACGCAAGGUCGAUUAUCAUGAUGCCAUCAAUAGGCUAAUCUCGUCUGCGUUUAACCAGACAGAAGAGAAUGGCGAAGAGAGGAAACCUACGGCCGAGGCGGUCAAGGCCACCGACGCCGACACUGGGGAUGGUGCAUUGAAGUGUGCCGUCAACCGGCAGCGAAUCCGAAUUGCCUCCAAUCCCCAGCUUAGCAUUAACAAAUGCUGCCCAAUGGAAGAAUCGUUUCUCCAUGAAAGUAUCGCUCGCUGUAAAAUCGCUCAACGGAAAUCCCGAAUGUCAAUCAUCAGUCGAGAGAUCGAAAUGUACCACCAAUCUUGCUACAGUUUUGGUAGAUAUCUGAAGCAUAACAUUUCGGUUAACGGCAAAUGUAUAGGAAAGCACUUAGUAUUCAGCGAUGACGGUGCUUUGUUUACAGUUAUUCAGAAUGGAUCAUUGAUGGUAACCCGAGCUGACGAAAUGAUGAUCUACCGUGAUUUUUGCGUGGAGCAAACGGGCAGCUCGGUACUGGCAGCGUACGUUUGUGACGAAUUGGUUUUUCCAGAUCCAUUCGAUGUUGUAGAUAAAGUAACCAUCAGCUCAGCACUGUUGACGCUGUUCGUGACGGUUCUGAUCUAUGCCUUCGAGCGAAACUUUCACACCACCUUCGGGAAGUUGGUAAUGAUACAUGUUGGCUUUUUAUUUGUGGCACUGCUGCUGGAGGCGGCUUUGGCAGAGUUUGAAGAAUCAAUUUACUCAACCAUCGUGUUUAUUCUUAUACAAGCAUCGUAUGUAAGCUUCGUAGGAGCAAAUUUGCAGUUGAUGAUUUCAAAUCAGGCAGAUUACAAAAAGUUGGAUGUUCGAAAUGUGGUUUAUGUUGCCUUUGGUUGUUGUAUUAUUUGGGUUAUUUCUGCUCUAUUCACACUGUAUUACAACGAGAUUAUAAUUACUCUGUGCACGGUAUUCAGUAGCCUCAUAUUCAGCAUUCUAGUAACUGUAAUAGUUCUCAAGGGAAUCGUCAACCGCCGGCAUUUACUGUUGACUUCGAUGGACAACUGCUAUGAAAUUUCAGAUAGUAUGGAAUUCUCGGGUUUUGUGCAAUACAGGAAAGAAAUAACUAUUUUAUCCACCAUUGCCGCUAUCCUCCAGCUCCUUCACUGGAUCGUGUAUGCUGCCGGCCGAUACAAUCUGGUGUACGUUCUUAGUUGGUGUGGCCUUACCAUGUUUGUCGUAUUUGUGUGUUUCCGUUUUCGAUCGAUAACGGUACUCACAGGCUCCGACGGCCAGAGAAGUAUCUCAAAAGAACUACGUAGUCGCCACCAGGAACAGCAGCAUCAGCAUUUCGAGGAAGCAACUAUUAAUGCAUAUCAGGAGAAUGGGUAUAAUCAAACGCAGUCAAACUACUCUUAUGGUUAUCAACAGCCGCAGCAUCUACAACAACAACAACAUCAACCAUGUGAUAGUAAUCAAAAUCACACUUCUCUGACGCUCGUCGCCGAGGAGGAUGGACCACUCGGCUCCGAUUUGGGUAAUCGGUAUGCGCAAAGGGUAAACGAAGUGGAAAAACGGGUAUAACUGACGGUAUCUACCGUCAAUAUAUCGGUCAAUUUUGUGAUUACUCGUGAAUCACGACUGAGUGUGAUAUAUUUUUAGUUUUAAAUACAAUUAAAGGUUCGAA